AUGGCUGAUAAGGGGAGAAAGAAAACCGUUCUCAUCACCGGCUGCACGCCGGGUGGUAUCGGCGAGGCGUUGUGUUUUCAUGUCAUCGCUACAGCUCGGCGCUCGCAUCUGUUGGGUAGCCUGCGAGAUGCGGGCAUGUCUGUUGUCCCCUUGGAUGUGAGCUCGGCCGAAAGCAUAGCUGCCUGCAAGAAAGAAGUCCAAGAGCUCACCGACGGAUAUCUGGAUAUCCUUGUAAAUAAUGCCGGACUCACCCAUACCGUCGCAGCCACCGAUAUCAACAUGGAUGAGGUCCGACAAACGUUCGAGGUCAAUGUAUUCGGCAUCAUGGCUAUGGUUCAAGCUUUUGCGCCUCUGCUUAUCAAGGCCCGUGGCCUCAUCAUCAUGAUCAGCAGCUUGUCCUCCCUCUCGCCCUACGUAUUCGGGUCCGUCUACUGCGCAACCAAAGGUGCGCUGAACUCAUACAGCCGCACCUUGCGCCAGGAGCUGCGGCCUUUCGGGGUCAGGGUUCUGGUGUCUCUGACCGGAACUGUGAAAAGCCAGAUUGCCAAGGCUCAUCGCUCGUUACCUCCUGAUUCUAUCUACCUCCCCAUCAAAGAGGACUAUGCGCGGCGUCUGCUAUUUUCCCAGAACAAUGCGACGGUAGAAACUGGGGACUAUGCCAAGAAACUGGUUGAUGAAGCUGUCAAGGGAGAGGGAUGGCUUGGGGGCUGGAUUGGAGGAGCAGCCAAGUGGUUUUGGGCUGGAGGGAUGACGACCCAGAUCUGGCUCUCCCGGCUGCUCUUCGGGGAGUGGUUGCUAGAUAAUAUGGCCUACAAGAAGUUUGGGCUAUCCAAGCUUGAGACAAUUAUUCGACAGAAGGGCAUCAAAGUGGAAUAG